AUUUUGUUCAAAUCAAUGGCUGAAAUAGAGAAGUCUGAUGAAGAGAUGCCUAGAGUUAUAAAUUUCAUGGCUUCUGUUCUUGAAAGAGUGGCGGAAACAAAUGAUCUCAAUAGUGCACAAAAAAUUUCGAUAUUUGAUGGACUUACUAGGCCUACAAUUUCUGUUCAAAGUUACUUGGAGAGGAUAUUCAAAUAUGCAAAUUGUAGCCCUUCUUGUUUCAUCGUGGCGUAUAUUUAUCUUGAUCGAUUCUCGCAGAUGCAGCCAUUGUUGCCCAUCAAUUCUUUCAAUGUUCAUCGCUUACUCAUCACGAGUGUCUUGGUUUCUGCUAAAUUCAUGGAUGAUAUAUUUUACAACAAUGGUUACUAUGGGAAAGUAGGAGGAAUAAGCACAAGAGAGAUGAACUUGCUAGAAGUGGACUUCUUAUUUGGAAUAGGGUUUCAAUUAAAUGUGACUCCCACAACGUUCCACACCUAUUGCUCUUAUCUCCACACUGAGAUGUUGAUGCUUGAAAUCCCAAUGCCUCUCAAAAUUGUCAACCAACAAUGUUGGGUUAACGACGACGAAUCCUCCACUCAUGAGCUAGACGUUUCACAAAUAAUACAAAAAUUAUUGGACUAAAUUUUGUCACUAGCUAGGUCAAGAUUCUAUACUACUCUUUGGCCGGCUUUAUAAAGUUGUAAACAAGAAUUAAUGUUGCAACUUUGUGGAUUCUUCAUAUUCCAUUUUUGAACGUUUUCUUAAUGAGUUUUGCCGCA